GUGGAGGCGUCUCUAACUAGUGCCCUCGCCUCGGGUUUCUCAUUCUGCUUUCCUUCGGCUCCUCAAGCUAGCGCCGCGGUGGGGGCCCCGGUGCGGCGGCACCUGCUGCUGAGGGACCUCGCGGCCCGCCCAGGUGCUCAUGAUGGGGCUGAUCUUCGCUAAACUGUGGAGCCUCUUCUGUAACCAAGAACACAAAGUAAUUAUAGUGGGACUGGAUAAUGCAGGGAAAACCACCAUUCUGUAUCAGUUCUUAAUGAAUGAAGUGGUUCAUACGUCUCCAACCAUAGGAAGCAAUGUUGAAGAAAUAGUUGUAAAGAACACUCAUUUCCUUAUGUGGGAUAUUGGUGGUCAAGAGUCACUGCGAUCAUCGUGGAACACAUAUUACUUAAACACAGAGUUCAUCAUUCUUGUUGUUGAUAGCAUUGACAGAGAGCGACUAGCUAUUACGAAAGAAGAAUUAUACAGAAUGUUGGCUCAUGAGGAUUUACGGAAGGCUGCAGUGCUUAUCUUUGCAAAUAAACAGGAUAUGAAAGGGUGUAUGACAGCAGCGGAAAUCUCUAAAUACCUCACCCUUAGUUCUAUUAAGGAUCAUCCAUGGCACAUUCAGUCCUGCUGUGCAUUAACAGGUGAAGGAUUGUGUCAAGGUCUAGAGUGGAUGACUUCCAGAAUUGGUGUGAGAUAACUUUUUUGCUUGAAAGAGACUGAUCUAUUUAUUCUGUGAACAUGAACAUUAUCUCCUGGUACUGUUGCUAAGGCAGCAGCAUGUUUAAUUUAUAACAACACAAACCUCUAUGAGCGACACUUGAAUCAAGUGCAGCUGAACUGGAACAUAAAAGAGUUUUUCUUACCUUUUUUUUUAAUGCACUAAUCUUCAGUUGGAUGAACAUAAUGUAUAACUAUGUUUUCAGCAACAAAAUUCUUCUGACUGCUUAUUCUAAUUAUUCAAUGAUUGCCUUGUAAGAAAUGUCACAUGUUUAAUGUUUUCUGAAGUAUUGUAAUAAUCCUAAUGACCAGUUUCUUUCAUUUAUUGAACCUCCUCCCCCAGAUAAUUAGUGGAUUAGCAAAGUAGUAGUGAAAAUCAUGAGGUAUAUUCUUGCAAACAUCUCUAAAUAUCUGAUCCCUCUCUAUAAACCACUUAUCUUUUGGACAGAACUUACAUGCAGAGGGAAAAAAAUCUGCCUACAGGGUAUAUAAGAAAGAUUAAAUAUCAUGAGAAUUUAAUUUUAAAUUAGUAACCCCACAUUGCAGGUCGUAGAAUAAAUAAGUUGCUAUUUGCUUGGAAAUCAAAUAGGUUAUUAAUUUACUUAAAAGAAUUAAGGUUACUCUUCUGCCUG